AUGCAUCUUCCUAAGCUUCCCCCGAGAGCCGCGUAUAUUCGCCUAUCUAAUCCUGCCAAACGCAACGCUCUGAGUAUCCCAGUUCUACGAGACCUCAAAGCUCAACUUACCACAGCACUUACGUCGCGCACGUCAGGCCAACUUCGUAUUCUCCCACCGUUCAAAGAACACGUCCUCUCUGAUCUCGAAGAAGCAUUGCGGAGAAAAGAUACUGCCCCAGAAGUCUGGAACAAAUACGGCUGGCUCGUCAGCGCUGCCGAGUGGAAGAAGGAACGCGAUGGUCUACCAGAUGUUUUGGUUCUUCGCAGUGAAGGACCUGUGUUUUCAUCGGGACAUGACUUGAAAGAGAUUUCGCAACUGGGACAUGAUGAUGUAAAGUUGCUGUUUAGCCUCUGCGCAGAAGUCAUGAGUUUGAUCCGGAGGAGUCCUGUGCUGGUGGUUUGCCCUAUACAGGGUCUUGCUACGGCUGCUGGAUUUCAACUCGCCAUGACGACGGAUUUUCCCAUCGCAUUGCCUGAUACACAGUUUUCACUUCCUGGAGCCAAGAUUGGUCUACCGUGCACGAGUCCGUCGACUGCUGUUUCACGGCGUUUGCCGCCUGGUGCGACGUACAGAUUACUUGCCACUGCUGAACCCGUCGCGGCUUCAGAGUAUCCUGGCGCAGUUGACGUUGUUAAAGUGCCACAAGGCGCAAAGCCGGAGGAUGCUUUUGAAAAUCGUGUAGCGGCUGUGGUGGAACAGUUGGUGGCAAAAUCACCGCAACAACAGGCUGUGGGUAAAUGGGCUUAUUGGACGCAGCUUGGUAUUGGGUCGAGUAGUGAGGAUGGUGGUGAUGGGUAUGAAAGUGCGGCGCGAUGGGCGGGGAGGGUUAUGGCUUUGCAUGCGAAGAGUGAGGAUGCGAAGGAAGGGAUUGAAGCAUUUCUGGUGAAGAGGAAGCCUGAGUGGAAGAGCAGUUCCAAGUCAAAGUUAUAA